AUGAGGAGCGAGAGGUACGCGGCGGGGUUGCACACGGCCGCUGAGCACAACUGGAUCGCCGACUACUACUGCUCGGAGGACGGGGUCUCCGCAGAGUGUCCCAGCAGCAAGCGGGCCUUCUCUCUGUACCUGACCAGUAUCUACUUCGCCUUUACCACCAUGACCACCACGGGAUAUGGGGACAUCUUGCCCAACCGGCUGUCGGUGAUGGAGCUUGUCGUGGCGAUAGGUUCCGAGGUGAUUGGGGCGACAAUUUUUGCGUGGGUCAUCGGCAACCUGGUUAACCUGGUCCUUAACCUCGACCCGGCGGAGAGGAACCGGAAGAGCAUGAUGAACUACCUCACGGAGUACAUGCGGGAGGUGCCGCUCAGCACCAAGGCCAAGCAGGCUGUGGCAAGAAAUUAUGCCUUCCAUCUACAGGUGUUCAUUGCUUCAGUCUCACCCAUGCGAGCACACGUGCAGACAGGGAGUGGCGUGUUUAACCAGCCUUCGAUCCUGGGAGACCUCUUACCUCAUCUUCAGAACCAGGCCUAUAUGUUUCUGUGGCGAUCGCUGAUGCCAAAGCUUCCCUUUUUGUGCGCCAUGGAAGACCAGGUAACCGGUUUUGUGCGGGUGGUGCUACCCCUGCUUAAACCCGCCACGUUUGCUUUGGGCGAGGUGAUUGUGACGCCGAAGAUCGGCACGAGAGAGAUGGGGUUCAUAAUCUGUGGAGAAGUAGAGGUGAAGAACCGUCUAAAGCUUGCUGCUGCGACCGCCUCGCGUGACUCCAUUUUACGCACUGUGUUUCGCCAACGCCCCUCCCUGCAACGGCUUCUUCGUAUAAUGAUGCUAACAAAGGCUUGA